CUGUAAUAUCAUUUGAAAUUGUUCAGUUGAUUUUCGUGGAGGACGACGACGUUUUGGGCAUGAGUUCAUUUAUCCAACUGGUGGUUCAAAGGAGGAUCCAUUGAAUCUAAAUGCUGUAAUCUCUGGUGAUGAAUCGCACUCUGCAAAACUUGAGAAGGAGGGGUCCAAGCUGCUUGAGGUUCCCGUUCCAAAAAACCUCAAGGACCCUCUCAAUUUGAACAGCGUCGAGAAGCAACGGAGAAAGUGA